AUGCCUAGAGAUCGUGAGCCUAUCGUCCAGGUGCUCGUCAAUACAAUUGCCGAGAACCAGGAAUGGCUUCAGGAUUUUGAAUCCGCGGUCAAAACUGCGGUGCAAAAGGCACCCGACGACAUGGAGGGAAUUCAGACAUUGGACGACUUUUACGACUUCAUGGACGAUUUCUUGAGAUGGGUGCCAGUCGAGACUCCUGAUGGCCGACAAAUCUACGGGAAACUUUGCUUGUUCUAUUUUAUCUUCAGUCAGCCGUCCGUGUACCAAUACCAGACAGCGAUCAGCCCUACGACAGCGAACAAGUCCCUGUCAUGGCUGUCAGACUGGCUGGUCAGCUACGCACGGGAGUUAGGCAAGUUCUUAGACACUCCUGCAUCAUUCACAAAGGAAUCGCUGGAGACCUUUAGGAUCGCGGAUAAAUUCCAUUUUGAGGAGUAUAUUGAACCCCAUGGAGGUUGGAAGACCUUCAACCAUUUUUUCGCUCGCAAUACAAAGCCGGGCUAUCGUCCCAUCGCAAAUAUGGCGGACUCGGGCACCAUCGUCUCUCCUGCCGAUGCUGUCUUCUCAAGCCAGUAUCCAGUGAACCCGGAUGCGAUGGUCGUGAUCAAAACACUGGAGUGGCCCAUCAGUGAACUUCUAGCGGAUACCGCAUACGCAGACAGCUUCCGGGGUGGCAUCUUCAUACAUUCCUUCCUUGGACCAGGCGACUAUCAUCGCCUGCACGCUCCGGUUGGAGGCAAGGUGUUGGAAGCGAAGGUCAUCAAGGGCCAGGUUUAUCUCGAAGUCGAGGCCAAAGGCGGAUCGUUGAACCCGAUAAGAAAGAUUCAGCCGGAACUUCGCAAGCCUCAUAAUCCAGAUAAAAUAGAGGCCCCCGAUGCUGCGGGAUACGAGUUCUGCCAGAUGCGUGCACUCUUUGUCUUGGAGACGGCAAUAGGGCUCGUGGCGGUUCUACCUAUCGGCAUGGCCCAGGUCUCGUCUGUGGUACCGACAGCGGAGGUGGGUAAAACCUUGUUCAAAGGGGAGGAACUUGCUUAUUUCCAAUUUGGUGGAUCUGAUAUCGUUGUCAUCUUCGAGAAUGGCAGCGGGGUCGAAAUCACAGCCGAGGAGGAUCGCCAUUACAAGAUGGGUGAGGCGAUUGGAACAGCCAAUCCAGCUACCUAG